GACCACCUGACGAUACUCAACAAGCAUGUACUCGCAACUUGUGCUCGUUUUGCUAACGUGCCUCGCUGGGGACAGCUACGGUGCUGCUGCGUACGGCAAACAAGCCGUGUGCAAGAGCAACCCCUAUGCGGGCUAUGCAUCACUUUCCAACUACGGCCCUGCCGUCCAUUACUGCGAAGGCAAAUACCCCAAGUGUACUGUCUACACUACAGUGAAGAAGACUGUGACAGUCACAUCGACCAAGGGAGGCUACGGUUAUGGCUACAAGCAGAGUCGAGAUGCUGAGCCCGACGCUGCAGCGGACGCAGCUCCUCAUCAAGGCUAUGGCUACAGCAAUGCCUAUUCGAAGUCAUGGGACAAGCUGCGCAAGAACAAGAACCAGCUACACACCUUUUGCUCUUGCUUGGGAUAUCCACAGACCAAAACUCGGACUUUGACUUAUACCAAGACCGUGUGUAUUCCGAAACAGUCCACGACCAGUAGCUCCACGAGGGCCACUCAAACUACUUCUUCAUCAUCGACGACAACUUCUAGCAGGACAACUACAACGAGCACAACGACUACAACUGAGCCUACUACCACCACUACAUCAACAACUACAACAUCGACAACUACCACAACAACUUCUACUACAACAACGACUACAACUCCACCUACUACCACGACAACGACAACGUCCACGACUUCUACUACCACAACCACAAGCCCACCCCCAGCUGGCCCAACUCCACGCUGCACUCGGGAUCAAGAAGACUACUGCUUCGCACAAAUCAGGCCCAAUACGGGCGGGGAACGAUGCUACUGCGACAUCCGCUACCUGACCACAGAAGCAAUCUGCGGAGGAACGGGCUCCUGUAGUCCCUUCGCGACACCGGCCGAACCCUAUUGCACAUCCGACGCAGACUGUAUAGAGCUCGGCACUGGCGACUAUUGCAUCUAUAAUACCAUCGGUCGCGAAGCCUGUGCUGGUGGCAGUCCGACAUAUUGCGUAAAGAGAGAAACGUGUAAGCAGGAUUUGCCACCGAAUCUGAAACGGAGUUUGGAGAUUGUGUUUGAGGAGGCGGCGAGAAGGGAGGUGGAGGGGUGAUGAUGAGGAGCGUUGUAGUUUUCGGAGAUUGCGUUCAGGAUUUUUUUCUUUUUGUGCAGACUUCAGGGGUUGUUUGUUAUCGUUGAGACUGGCACAGACUGGUCAUUUUCUUCCUUUCGUCUUCUUCUUCUGUCGAUCGCCGGCCACGAGACAGUGCUCUAAGCU